UUCUGUCGCUGGCGCGCUCGGCAUCCCGCCUGCAAUCCGCGCCUUCGCUGUCGCAGCCCUUCCUUCGCGCAGCGCCCUUCCAGCCCGAAACCUCCGCGCACACCCCGUGCUCCCUUCCUUCGCGCAGCCUCCGCACGCCGCCAAGCUCCCCCUUGCCCUAUCUCUUCCCAUGCUUUCCUCCGCACGCCGCCAGAUCCCAUGCCGCUUCUCCCGGCGGCCGCCCUAGCCCUGUUCGCGCCCCCGGACGUGCCGCUACCGACGCACACCCUCGCGCUCCUGCUCCGCCGCCUGUUCACCACCCGCUCCAUCGCCGCCGCGCAGGGCCUCCUCCACAAGCUCCACCUUCCUUCGUGCAGCGCCCUUCCAGCCCGAAACCUCCGCGCACACCCCGCGCUUCCUUCCUUCGCGCAGCCUCCGCACGCCGCCAAGCUCCCCCUUGCCCUCAUCUCUUCCCAUGCUUGCCUCCGCACGCCGCUAGAUCCCAUGCCGCUUCUCCCGGCGGUGGCCCUAGCCCUGUUCGCGCCCCCGGACAUGCCGCUACCGACGCACACCCUCGCGCUCCUGCUCCGCCGCCUGUUCACCACCCGCUCCAUCGCCGCCGUGCAGGGCCUCCUCCACAAGCUCCUCGACAUCGGAGCUGGGACAUGGUUACUUUCCAUGAUGGUUGCACGAGCUUUGGUAGCUAGCUGUUGGAGAUGAAGGAAACACACACAAUCUGUCCAUGAUGGCUCCGUGAUCGUCGAGCGACCCAACGGCGAGCGUCAUGCCCUCCCUCGUCUGAACACAAGAAGGCCGACGGCGCCAAACGAGGGCUCACCCCCUUCUUCGCAUUUCUG